AUGGUUCGCUCCAUUGAAGAGGCUGACAAGCCAGUGAAAAGGGGCAAGAAGACUGAGAAUCAGAAGGAGGCACCAGUUUCCAAACCAACCAAGGGGCAAACCCCCAAGAAGCGAAAGUCUGACAAGGCUGCCACAUCACAGGCUCCACCGAAGAAACAAAAGAAGCCUGCAAGGAAGCUCAUACUCCAAUCUUCCAGUGAUUCAAACUCAGACUCUGAUGAUGUGGCUUCGGGUCGAGGUGAUACUCUACCUCACUCCCCUACCCCAGAAAUUCCAGCUUGCUCCCACCCUCCUUCACCUCCACCUGUAACCAUCCCAGUAUCCAUCCCUCCAAUAUUUCCCAUUCCAACCACUCAACCAUCCACUACUAUUCCCAUCCCCACUCCCAUAUUCACAAACACUACUACCACCACUACUACCACAGGAGCUCACUCUACCGCUCCCACUCCACCUGUAACAACCGAACCCCCUGUCACAACCGAACCUCCAGCCACUACCAAACCCUUAUCUCCUAGUCCAUCCACAGAAACCACCCCUGUUCUAGGCGGUGAGGACUUGGAAUUUGAUUCCACAAAUUUCAGUCCUUACUGUGUCCAGAGUGAUGAUGAUGAUGAUGAUGAUGAGCCUAUUACAAAGCGUCAUCUCAAGGCAGUAAAUGAAAAACUUGAUCAACUGCACUCAUCCUCUUCCUCUAGAGCUUACUCUGAAGCUGCCUUAACGGCCUGGUUCUCAUCAGUUGUUCAAGAACACAGUGCCUCACUCUCUGCUACAACUAAAGUGAUUGAAGCCUCCACUUCACAAUGUCAACAACCCUCUUUUGCUGUUGAGGCUUCUACCAAGGAGUGCAAGGAAGCGACCGCAAAAGUCGAUAAACUAGUUUCUGAAGCUCACCUGUCCAACCUUGAAGCUGCACGCCAAGCAAUCGAAGCUGCCAACGAGUCUCUACAUGCUAAUGUUAAUGAUCGCCUGACUCAAAUUGAGGCAGAAUUAGCUGUAGAGAAUCGCAUCAUGGAUGAGCUUGACAGGAGAACCUCACAGCUGAAAAUGCAAAAUUACAAGCUGCGUACUGCUACUGCUGAGCUCAAUGAUUUGAAGUCCGAAAGGGAGGUAAUUUCGAGUUCUUCUGCUGAUGUUCACUCCAUCCUCCUUCAUCUCAUUGAAGCGCAUGAUCCAAUAAUCACCAUUACAAUUAGGCGGCACUUGGCUGACAAGCUCAGGCCAGCAUUGGACAUCCUUAGUCGUAUCGAGUGUGUUCUGGUGACUAGUGUCCAGACGAAACAAGGGGGAGAGAAGGCAACAACUCAACCUCCUCCUGGACCGAAACCAUCUACUGAACCAAAGGGUCAUGAAGCUUCAGUCAGUAACAAGGAGAAAAAGAUGAAGAAGAUUGGGGAGGAUGACACCGACAAUGAGGAUGAUGUCAUGCUGAGAAUCCUAAAAACCCUUUUCAGAAGGCAAAGCCCUCUGAGAAAGAGCUGGAAGAAAAAUACAAGAAACAACAGUUUGAGCUCGAGCAAAAGCAAAAGGAGGCGGAGCUCCUAG